AAAACAAUCUGGGUGCGAUCGGCCAUGGGCGCUUCUUCGAGUUCAACGUCGUUCGUUCCCUCCUCUUCCUUGGCGUCCUCUUCCAGGGAAUACGAAGCGUUUCUGAGUUUCAGGGAAGAAGAUAUCGGCCAAGGCUUCGGGGGCCACCUCUACACAGCUCUCAGGGAUGCAGGAAUCCGCACUUUCAAGGACGAUGGAGAGAUGGUGGCGGGAGUGAACAACGAGAAGCUCCUGAAAGCAGCACAGGAGUCAAGGUGCUGCGUGGUCGUCAUAUCCAGUCGAUAUGCGAAUUCAGAUCGGUGUUUGAACGGACUGGCAGCCAUGUUUCGGGCUAAUACGGAGAUCAUCCCCGUCUUCUACAAUGUCGACUCUUACGACGUGCGCAAUCAGAGUGGCCCUUUCGAGUUUGCUUUCACCAAACAUAAACAGAAUCACACCUAUGAAGCUGUUGAGGAAUGGAUGCAUGCGAUGGCCACAGUUGGUAAACUUAAAGGUUUCCAUGUUAAUCACCAGUUGAGUAGGGAGAGACAAGUGAUACAAGACAUCGUGGAAAGAGUGAGCGGGUGCAGAGAUAAUCAGUUGCGUUUUGUAGAUCGUCCUGAAAGAAAUUUCGACUCCCCUGUCCGAGACGUCUCAGAACUUCUAAGUCUUGAGGAAGGAGGCGUUAAAAUGAUCGGAAUUUAUGGGAUGGGAGCGGUGGGGAAGACAACAGUCGCAAGUGAGCUACUCGGCGGACUCUCCGGUAGGUUUGAUGAAGUUAUCAUCAUAAGGGGGAUCAAAGACAAAGCCAGAAACGAUGGGCUGCACAAAUUACAACGAGAGUUCAUUUCUCCAGCAUUAGAAGAUAACGAGGAAGAAACAUAUAGCUCCCGUGCGGGGAUCAACGAGAUCGAAAGGCGAUUUCGUCACAAGAGGAUACUUGCUAUUCUUGAUGAUGUUGACGACAGAGAGCAGUUGAGAGCAUUAGCCGGUGGACGCGACUGGUUUGGUGAAGGAACGAGAAUCGUGAUCACCGCAAGGGAUGUGCAGAUUCUGGAAGCGCAUCGCGUAGAUAGAAAGUAUGAUGCCCAGGGAUUGAGAUGGAUCAACGAAUCCUCAUCACCGCAUCAUGGCCGGUACCACUAUCAAGGAACAGAUCAUCAUUUUCAACGUCAAAGGAACUAUCCCCAACAAGAACGAGAAGAAGAAGAAGGUUUCAACACUUUUCAUGCAUCCCUUCGUCCCGGACAAGAUCAAGAAGAAGCUCGGAUGCGCUUCAAGAGGUAUUAAGAGUUGUUUGACAGCACGACGCUGUGUCAGUGUCUCAUAAUAAAUCUGUCUUAAUUCUUUAGGACAGAUUUAUGGAACUGUAGCACCAAUCUUGGCUGUGGCCUAAUCUUUGAAACAGACUAAUAAAGUGUUGUGCUGCCAAACAACCCUAGUUUAUCCUAAAUGAAACAAUUGAUGUGGUUUCAUUGCAGAUUUUGUGAAGGGUUCUACAGUCCCUUGUUUGGGUUCUACCAGUGUAUAUACAUACAUAUUAUGGGGUGUGGGCUUUGCUUCUUGUUUUGAGUGUGUAAAGUAUAUGGAGCGUGGUGUCCUGAGUGGGAACGCUUAGGAAAGUGAAGCAGUUCAAAUAGGUGAGCUUGAUGAGUCUUUGUAGGUCGUUUGAUGCAAGUGUUGUUUUCUUCUGUAAGCAAUAUUUUUGAGAACAGUAGUAG